ACACAAGAGGCGUCCGUUGAUUAAGAGAACCAAUGGACGGCUCUUACUGUGCACGUGUCGUUGCUUCCGUCUCUCUCUAUCUCUCUCUCUGUUUCCGCUCGAGAAAAUGAACCCCGCGGCGGAGGCGUGGCCGGUUACGGCGGCGAUCGUCGGCAUAGGGAGGGAGAUGAGGUCGGCGACCAAGGAUCGGAGUUUUGAGUCCAUGAUGUUGUUUUCAACUUCUUUGAUUCUCGUUUCUUCAAUGUCUUCGUCACUGCUGGUAGAAAUAAGAUUACGCUGUACAAUUGUCUUGAAGAUGAUGCCAUAUCUGCAUUGCAAUCCUAUUCUGAUGAGGACUGAUUGUAAGUUUCAGCAAGAAGAGUUGACCACGCUUCUCCAGCGUUAUGGGUGCUCCUCGUCGUGGUGCUUAUUCUUUCCAAGGAGCUGGUCGGACAUCUGGAGCAGGAACUUCCUCACCUCCUGAAAAUGGAACAUCUCUUCCUCCUCGAACUGGAGCCUCUCUGCCUCCUCGAACUCUCUGCCUCAUGGAACUGGAGCCUCCUUGCCUCCUGGAGCCACUGGACAAGCUAAUUCUUUUGAAGAAGUGUAUUCUCAUACUAGCUUAGCUGAGCUAAAGAACGCUUCUGGAAGGCGUAAGGUGCCACACUUGCAUCCUCGAACUGGAGCCUCUCUGCCUCCUCGAACUGGAGCCUCUCUUCUUGUUGUCUUGUUUUCUUCUAUCACAGAUAUUGGUUAGCACAUGUAUAUAUUGUAUUGUUGUGGUCACGUUGAAAAUGUUUCACGGUCAAGAAAUGAAAGACCUUUAUAAUGAUUGUAUGAUCGUGUAUUCACAAACUUGUGUAAAUAAUAUCUUGUAAUGAAAGUGUAUUCACAAGCC